UACCUUAACCUUUACCAGCGCCACUUUUCUUAUAUCAAAGAUUUGACGAAAUACGCCAAGUCCUACUGCUGCUCUCGAUGUGGAAAAUAUUGGAAAGAUGGAUUCAAGUUAAAUCGUCAUGAGCGAACCUGCGAGGCCAAAGUCCAUUACAUGUUUCCUGGCGGUGCAUACAAGACGCCACCCACCAUCUUUCAGCUGCUCGAAGAUGAAGGCUUCACCAUUCCAAAACAUUUAAAGUUCUUUCCAUACAGAGCCACCUUUGACUUCAAAUGCAUGUUCAGCUCGCACACCAGUCUCAGUGAUACAGAAAAACUCACCUGGAACGCCAAGCAUAUCGCUCUAAGUGUCAGUGUCUGCUCCAACGUUCCAGACUACGACCAACCCAAGUGCUUUGUGUCAGAUGGGGACUCUAAACAGCUCGUCAAAGAGAUGUUAGAACACCUCGUAAAAAUAAGUGAAAAGAGUUAUGACCUGAUAAGAAAAGAGUUUAACUUUCUUUUUGAAGCCAUCGACCAAAAGCUGCAAGACCUACAGCAAAAAUCAGAAGCUGGUGACCCUUCAAAAACUAACACAGUAGAAAAACUCACCCAGGAAGAUAGCGAUGAUGAAGGAAAAGAUCUCAUGGACACAGAUGACGAAGAAGAAGAAAUCGAGUCUGAAACGGAAGAAGAUCGUGUCUCUAUGGACGAUGACGUAGAAGAACAAGGUGCCUCGUUUUACAGGGCCUUAAAUCGCGAACACGAGGAUCAGAGUGAAAAUGAUCACGAGUGUGAAUAUCACAGACCAGAGGACAACAGCCCAGAACCUAAGGACAAAAAAGUACACCCUUUAAAGAAACUGAGAGAUCGUUUCCAAGAAUAUUUGCAAGAACUUCCUGUCCUGGGCUUCAAUUCUGGUAAAUAUGACUUGAAUGCCGUCAAAGAAUUUCUGUUUCCUCUCCUGGUCCAGAAUGAAGGCGUUCAGUUUACUAUCAAGCGUAACCACAAAUUCAUGUGCCUAAAGACCCCGCAUCUUCGCUUCCUCGACGUCACCAAUAUUCUUGCUCCCGGUUUCAGCUACGACAAAUUUCUGAAGGGCUACGAGUGUCCUCAAACCAAGGGGUUCUUCCCAUACGAAUGGCUGGAUUCUCUUGACAAGUUAGACCACCCUUCUCUUCCUCCUCGGGAAGCCUUCUUCUCUACACUGAAAAAAGAAAACAUUUCUGAAGAAGACUACCAGUACUGCCAACAAGUGUGGUCUGACAACAACAUGCAGACACUUAAAGAUUUUCUCAUCUGGUACAACAACCUAGAUGUCCAACCCUUUUGUGAGGCCCUGGAAAAAAUGUGCGGGUUCUGGAAAGAUAAAAAGAUCGACAUGUUAAGACAAGGUAUUUCUAUUCCCGGUGUUACCUUGACGUACCUCUUUACCACCCUGGAAUCUGGCAUCUUCUUCUCUCUGUUUGACCAAAAAAAU